UAUGAACCUCGUACCAAAUAUAGAAAUUAAAAAAUAGUGGCCUGAUGUGAUGGAUAAUGAUCAUAUUUUUCAUUUUAAUGAGGUAAAAAUGUCGCUCCGGGCUAUAUAUAACUGCCAGCACUCCAACAAGUUCUUGAAUUUUCCAUCAACGAAAAUCUUCAAUUCUAUACAUCCACCAACUGGUUUUGAAAUCCCACAGCGAACAAGAACCAUAGAAGUGGCGGUGGUGGAGUUUCCGCCGCCGCCACGGCAGCUGUCAUUUUCCGGUGAUAAUUGCGAAGUAGAUGAGCAAUUUCUGCCACCUCUCAACUUUGCUAUGGUUGAUAAUGGCAUUUUCAGGUCUGGUUUUCCAGACUCAGCUAAUUUUUCAUUUCUUCAAUCACUCAAUCUUAGCUCCAUCAUAUGUUUGUGUCCUGAGCCUUAUCCGGUGCCCAACAUGGACUUUCUCAAGUCGAAUCGGAUUAAGUUAUUUCAGUUUGGGAUCGAAGGAUGUAAAGAGCCAUUUGUGAACAUACCCGAGGAUAAAAUCCGUGAUGCAUUAAAAGUCGUCCUCGAUGUGAAGAAUCACCCUGUAUUGAUCCAUUGCAAACGAGGGAAGCACCGAACUGGUUGUCUUGUGGGGUGCUUGAGAAAAUUACAAAGAUGGUGUCUAACUGCUGUUUUUGACGAGUACCAGCGCUUUGCAGCAGCCAAAGCCCGGGUUUCAGAUCAAAGGUUUAUGGAAUUGUUCGAUGUGUCUGGCUUCAGGCACCUGCCAUUGUCAUUUUCAACUUCAAAGAGGUGCAAGAAACGGAUGAGCAGAAGAGCAUCAGUUUUUAGGUGCGACCUCGUUUGAACUGCCUUGCUCCUAGCUGGGCAGUACAUCUUUAAGAGCUCACGGGUGCAUGUUCCGGAGUUGUUUAUAAAUGAUUUAAAUUAUGAAUAAAUAGAAAUGAAUGGUGGAUUAGUAGGUAAUACCUAUGAAUCUCACAAAAUAUGUAAAUGAAAAGUAGUUUGAUCAAUUAGUGCUCGUACUUGCAAUACUCCACCGUACGGGAACUUGUUCAUGGUUCUCUUCUGGUCUAGCUUAUUCCCUCGACACCUUAAUACAUCCCCUUCAUGUC